AUGACUCAAAAUUCAUGGCAAACUAGUGUGUAUCAACAACCAAGUGAAGAAGGUGAGAUUGAUAAAGUAGAAGUACCAACUGAACAAUCACAACCCAGAAGGUCAACAAGAAUCCGAAAGCCAAAUCUCAAAUAUGCUAAUACUGCCAUAACAGAAGAAGAAGUUGCAAAAGAACCUGAGACAUUUGAGGAAGCAUCUCAGAAUUCUAUGUGGAUUGAAGCUAUGGAAGAAGAAAUUAUUGCAUUAGAACGAAAUCAGACUUGGGAGCUUGUGCCAAAGCCAAGAGAUGUGAAACCUAUUUCUUGCAAAUGGGUUUACAAAAUAAAGCAACGCACAAAUGGAUCAAUUGAAAGGUUUAAAGCUCGUCUGGUGGCUCGAGGGUUUAGUCAACAAUAUGGACUAGACUAUGAUGAAACGUUUAGUCUAGUUGCAAAGCUUACAACUAUGCGAAUCUUACUUGCAUUUGCAGCUAACAAAGACGGGAACCUAUGUUAG